AUGAUUCCGGUUUCGUUUUCGUUUCACGUUCAGCUGACACCGCACAAUCACCGAAUGCCGAAUGAGAAGAGUGAAAAGAUGCAAGUUUUGGCCAAGUUUGGCCCCACCAGCCCUGUUCCAGCUCCAGCCCCACCUGUUCCACCCCUGUUCCCACCCCACCUGUUCCCACCUGUUCAGCCAGCCUCAGCCCCAGCCCACCUGUUCCUGUUCCUGUUCCAGCCCUGUCUGUUCCCACCUGUCCCACCCAGCCCUGUUCUGACCCAGCUCCCAGCUCCCACCUGUUCCACCUGUUCCUGUCUGUUCCAGCUCCCAGCCCACCCCAGCCCCACCCUGUCUGUUCACCUGUCACCCACCCCUGUUCCACCAGCCCAGCCUGUUCCCCAGCCCCAGCCCACCACCACCAGCUGUUCCCAGCCCCCCUGCUCCACUCCCAGCUCCCACUCACCACCCUGUUCCUCAGCUCCCUGUUCCCACCACUCCAGCCUCAGCCCCACCCCAGCUCUGUUCUCCCACCAGCCCCAGCCUGUUCCAGCCCCAGCCCCACCUGUUCCCAGCCUGUUCCCAGCCUCAGCCCACCCCUGUUCCAGCCCCACUGCCCCAGUUCACUCCACCCCAGCUCACCUGUUCCCACCAGCCCCAGCCCUGUUCCCACCUGUUCUGUUCCCAGCCCCACCCCCAGCCCAGCCCACCAGCCCCACCCAGCCCUGUUCCACUGUUCCAGCCCCUGUUCACCCCAGCCCCAGCCUCCACUCCCACUCCCCAGUUCACCCCAGCCCCUGUUCCCUGUUCCUGUUCCCAGCUCCCACCCACCCCAGCCUGCCCCAGCCUCCACCCCACCAGCUCCCAGCUCCCAGCCCAGCCUCCCUGUUCUCACUCCCAGCCAGCCCCCAGCCUCAGCUCCCAGCUCAGCCCCCAGCUCAGCUUCAGCCUGUUCAGCUGUCCAGCCUCCCCACUCAGCUAGCUCAGCUUCCCAGCUCCAGCCCCAGCCAGCCCACUCAGCCAGCUUCAGCUUUCAGCUUUAGCUUAGCCCCAGCCUCAGCUUAG